UAAUAAAUUUCAUACCAACGAUGGGUUUGGCUGGUAAACCUUUUGUUACCUACAGUACACACACGUACCCCUACUUUCUCACACCUGUCUUCUUUCCUUCCUCUUAUAAAUUCACCUCUUUGCUUCUCCUCACACUGUGUCUUCAUUCAUUAUUCUUCCUUCCACACCAUCAAACCCAAAACCAAAACAAAAACCACUUUUUAUUUUUUGAGAAUUAAAAAAAAUUAAUGGAGGGGAGAGUAUCAGGUGGAGGAGGGUGUUGCAUUGCAAGAUACGGCCACCAUCAUGGCCCUACUCAUUACAACUACUACAACCCAUAUGAUGAGUCCAAAAUGGACCGUAUCAUGCUCCGCUUUCGACCCAUCGCUCCGAAGCCGGUCCCUAAUGGGUCCACCAACACAACUACUACCACUGCCGACAAGAAGGAAGACGGUCGCAAGGGGAAGAAGCGAGGUGGUGCUAAUAUUAGCGGUGGUGGUAAGAGGAGAACAAAAUCACGUUCUCCUGAAGAUGUUAGUAAAAAUAAUAAUAAUAACAAUAAUAAUGUUAAGAAAUUAUCAGAUGUUGUUUCAUCCAACGGUUAUAAAGUAACGCUACCACUGUUGCCUGAAACACCUGAUCUAAGCCCAAGGAAGGAGAAAAUUCAUCAAGUGGGUCACGCUAAGUCGCCAGAACCGAUGUGGCUGUGUUUCGGGCCGUCGGAUCAGAAUAACAAUCAAACGGCGGUAGAUGCGGUUACUUCAAGCGUGAUAGUUGAAGGAGUGACCGACACGUGGAUGGACGGGAACAGUCUCGGGAGAACAGAUGAGGAGAGAAGGAGGCGUUUAGAUGGGGACACGUGUCCAGGGUUUAUAUCCGACGCGUGGAACCGAGUGUGUUGGACAAAUCGCGCUUAUAAAAGGAUGGUAUCGGGAGAUGACGACACGUGGGGGAAGGAGAAGGUAGUAACGGUGAAGUUAGGGAUGAGAGAGAAAGUAGAGUUACCGCCGGUGAAUUUAUUCCCUGCGUUCACGUGUAGGGUAAAAGUGGUGGGGUAUGGAAAGCAAGGGAUGAUCAACGGUGGACAUUCGUUGACGGUGCCGUGUGAUGCUUGGAGAAUGGACGGUGGUGGAUUUGCAUGGCGGUUGGAUACUAAAGCUGCCUUAUGUUUAGGACGUUGAUUAAUAAUAAUUAAAAAAAAAUAGAAGUUAACUGGAGUUGUUUACUGAUCUUGAUCUUGUAUGUACAGUUUUUUGUUUUUAAAGGUUUUGCAGAAAUAUCAAUGCCAGUUUUAAUUUUUAUUUUA